AUGCAAGAGCGGUGCAAGGACGUGAAAAUCUUGCCAAUUACGAACCCGCCGGUGGUCAAAGCAGCGGGACAGAAGCAAUUGACGUGCACGUCGAUGGUGUUCCUGGACCUACAGAUCCGUACAGCGGCUAGGCCAGUCAAUGUCCAUAACGUCAAGUGCUAUGUGUUGGAAAAAGGUGAUGACCAGUUCAUGCUGGGCAGAGAUGUUCUGGAGGCAUUGGUAAUCAAUGUCAAGUCAGCUUUGGAGCAAUUGGCCAACACAAGCAUUGAAUUGAAUCGUGAUGACCUGCCAAACGAACCAGAAGUUGGUGAUCUAAUUGAUGAAAAGGUGAAUGUGGAACUCAAGCGGAUGUGA